AUGCCAGUUUGGUGGGUUGCUCAAGCCAACAAAUUGUCUCUUACUAAACCACGUUUCCAGCAUAAAGUGGAGGCCUUGUCUAAAGAGCUAACAUCAGCCUACCCCGAUCAACUCUUUCCUUGCGUCUCAGCCGAUCUUAGUUCUCGUGACGAAACCCGUGGCUUGGUCGACAAGGUAUUUCAAGACUCUAAUAUCUCCGCCAAGCACAAAGCAGUGUCUAUUCUCGUUGCAAACGCCGGUCUAGGUAGACGCAUCCGAGAUAUUCAGAACAUCGAAGAAGAUGACUGGGACUCGGUCAUGGAAGUCAAUGCCAGGAGUCAGUUUGUGGUGGUAAAGGCCUGCUUGCCUGCUAUGAGGGCACAAAGCUGGGGUCGUGUGAUUCUGGUCGGAAGUAUUGCGAGCACGGGUGGCGGUAUUAACGGGUGCCAUUAUGCGGCAACCAAGGGUGCUUUGAGCUCGAUGGGCAAGAAUCUUUCAACUGUCUUAGCUGGCGAGGGAGUCACAGUCAACACUAAAGCCCAGAUCCUCCCUGCGAUGAUUGGCUUCACAGACAUGAUUCCAACACCAAAGGAAACGUGA